AUGGCCGAGCUCUUUGUCGCCAUCUCUCAACCUCGGAACCAGACUCGGGGAACCUAUCACUGGGCUUUGUAUCUCCAGAUCAGCUCAACGGAACACGCCAUAUUUCAAAUCGUCGAGAACAUCCGAAUCGCGGAGAUUGACCAUGUUGACCACUUUCGCCAAGUAGUCAAGGACCAAAAGAUCGAGAAUGAAAUGUACAACUGGGGUUGCCAGCAGUGGGUCCUGGAUGUAUUGGAGGCCUUGGUUGAAGCUGAUCUUCUUACGGACUAUGACCAUGAUGAGGCGAAGCUCAAGCUGGUCCCUCUGUUUGGAGCCCAGAUUGAGGAUAGGUAUGAGGUCUAG